AUGGCGCAUCAAAGACAUGUUGCGGAGGUGCCUCGGAGUAUCCUGCCUCGCCUCACAUGGAACAGCUCAUCAUCUCGACCGACCGCCUCCUCGUACCACCCUGCGCUUGCGACCCGGCAGCGACAGCAACAGCAACAUCUUCAGGGCUGGAUUCCCCUUAACCGACCGAUCCACUCUCUAGUCACAUCCCAAGCCUCAAGAGCCUAUUCCACAUCAACCCGGGACUCUCGCCUUGCUUCUACUGUUCUCCGGCGAACCUCCGCUCCAGUUGUGACUCGCCCGUCACCCCAAUCUCUUGGCAGUCCUAUUCGUCAUAAUGGAGUCUAUGUCGCAGCGUUCAAACCUGCUCAGCGGGCUUUCCAUGCCACCCCUCUUCGCCCUCGUGACCAUCAUUUUGAUACCUUGAAGUUUGUGAAGCGGUUGCAGGCUGAGGGGUUCAGCGAGGAGCAGGCCGUAGCCAUGAUGCGGGUAUUAAACGAUAUCAUCCAGGAGUCUAUUCAAAAUUUGACAAGGACCAUGGUGCUUCGAGAAGAUUCGGAGAGAUCGACCUACACUCAAAAAGUCGACUUCGCUAAACUACGCUCUGAACUUGUAAACGCCGAUUCAACCGAGGCCCAGCUUACUCGCUCGUCCCACGAAAAGAUUUCCGCUGAUCUGGCUAAGCUCAAUUCGCGCCUGCGGGAUGAGAUUGGUCGAACACAAGCAUCGGUCCGUCUAGACCUGAACCUCGAGAAGGGCCGGAUUCGCGAGGAGGCCAACGGUCAAGAGAUGCGGAUCAAGGAGACCGAAACCCGAAUCGAGCAGGAAGUGGCUGGUUUAAGGGAACGAGUUGAGGCUGUCAAAUUCUCCACUCUGCAAUGGCUUAUGGGUGUUUGCACCGGUACCGCUGCUCUGAUUCUUGGUGCUUGGCGUCUGUUUAUGUGA